AUGGGGGUAGGGGUGUCUUUAUUGCUGCAGCUUUCUCUGACAUCUGGGGGCUACCGGAGUGUGGGCCGAAGCAGGCGCUGCAGCCGCAAAAGUAUCCCCAGGAACAUCCCCAGGAGGAGCUGGAAAAAGCCUCAUCCCCAGCUCCGCAGUCUCCAGGCAGAGGAAGAACCGAUGUUGGAACGUCGCUGCAGGGGCCCUCUGGCCAUGGGCCCAGCCCAGCCCCGACUCCUUUCUGGGCCCUCCCAGGAGUCACCCCAGACCCUGGAGAAGGAGCCGCGUGGGCUGAGGCAACAAGGCACUUCAGUGGCCCAGCCGAGUGGCCAGGCCCCGGGCAGGGCCCAUCGCUGUGCCCACUGUCGAAGGCAUUUUCCGGGCUGGGUGGCCCUGUGGCUUCAUGCCAGGAGGUGCCAGGCUCGGCUGCCCCUGCCCUGCCCUGAGUGCGGCCAUCGCUUCCGCCACGCCCCCUUCUUAGCGCUGCACCGCCAGGUCCAUGCUGCUGCCACCCCAGACCUGGGCUUCACGUGCCACCUCUGCGGGCAGAGCUUCCGAGGCUGGGUGGCCCUGGUUCUGCAUCUGCGGGCCCACUCAGCUGCAAAGCGGCCCAUCGCUUGUCCGGAAUGCGAGAGACGCUUCUGGCGACGAAAACAGCUUCGAGCUCAUCAGCGCCGGUGCCACCCCCCUGCCCCUGAGGCCCGGCCCUUCAUAUGCGGCAACUGUGGCCGGAGCUUUGCCCAGUGGGACCAGCUGGUUGCUCACAAGCGGGUGCACGUAGCCGAGGCCCUGGAGGAGGCAGCAGCCAAGGCGCUGGGGCCCCGGCCCAGGGGCCGCCCCGCCGUGACCGCUCCCCGGCCGGGCGGAGAUGCCGUCGACCGCCCCUUCCAGUGCGCCUGCUGCGGCAAGCGCUUCCGGCACAAGCCCAACCUGAUCGCCCACCGCCGCGUGCACACGGGUGAGCGGCCCCACCAGUGCCCCGAGUGCGGCAAGCGCUUCACCAACAAGCCCUAUCUGACCUCGCACCGGCGCAUCCACACCGGCGAGAAGCGGGAGCCCUCGGCAGAGCCCCCGCCGGAGGCGCCCCUGAAAGCCGCGCCGGAGCCUGCAGCCGAGCCUCAGGCGGAGGGGCCCCUGCAGUCCUCGCGGGACCGGCCGGAAGCCCCUCCGUCCCUCUACAGCUGCGACGACUGCGGCCGGAGCUUCCGGCUGGAGCGCUUCCUGCGGGCCCACCAGCGGCAGCACACCGGGGAGCGGCCCUUCACCUGCGCCGAGUGCGGGAAGAACUUCGGCAAGAAGACCCACCUGGUGGCGCACUCCCGGGUGCACUCGGGCGAGCGGCCCUUUGCCUGCGAAGAGUGUGGGCGCCGCUUCUCGCAGGGCAGCCACCUGGCCGCCCACCGGCGCGACCACGCCCCGGAGCGGCCUUUCGUCUGCCCCGACUGCGGCAAGGCCUUCCGCCACAAGCCCUACCUGGCCGCCCACCGGCGCGACCACGCCCCGGAGCGGCCUUUCGUCUGCCCCGACUGCGGCAAGGCCUUCCGCCACAAGCCCUACCUGGCCGCCCACCGGCGCAUUCACACCGGCGAGAAGCCCUACGUCUGCCCCGACUGCGGCAAAGCCUUCAGCCAGAAGUCCAACCUGGUGUCUCACCGACGCAUCCACACGGGGGAGCGGCCCUACGCCUGCCCCGACUGCGACAGGAGCUUCAGCCAGAAGUCCAACCUCAUCACCCACCGCAAGAGCCACAUCCGGGAUGGCGCCUUCUGCUGUGCCAUCUGUGGCCAGACCUUCGACGACGAGGAGAGACUCCUGGCCCACCAGAAGAAGCACGACGUCUGAGAGGGGCAGGGGCUGCGGAGACCGAGGGAAGAGACAGGGCCUGGUGUGGUUCGCAGCAGGAGCGUGGCUGGGCUGUGGCUGCCUGCCUUGGUGCCGGCGUGUGUAGGGAGCUGAGGGGAGCCCCAGAAGGGCUGGAAGAGCUGAGAGUGAGCUGAGUCCUGUUAGCAGCGCGGGAGGUUAACCCCCCUCGGGAAGCUCACUUCAGAGUGCAAGGACCCCAGCUUCCACCUGGCUUUGCCAAGGCUGGGUCCUGACUGCCCUGUGCCCGGGAAAAGUAGCAAUAGCUCCGUCUACCCCUGAGAGCCCUCUGGCUAGAGGAGCCACCAGUCCAUCCUCUGGUGUUAACGCCUUAAUGCCCCUGUCUUUUACUAUGAGUUGCUUCAGAUCAUUUUUGGAGGUAGGUGUGGUACAGUCUUUAGUAAGUAAACGCUUGGGGAGGAAAAGUGGACCAGCUGGAUACACCUUGGAGAACCUGCUGGCCUUGUUAAACGGCACCCAGGCCUUUGCCAGCAACAUCCAUAGGUGAAGCCGAGCUGCUCAUACCUCCCCCUGCCCUGUCCCCUCCCUCCUGCCCCCUGCGCAGGCACCCAGACUUGGAGAGGCCCAUCUACUGUUAGGUAUUCCAUCCUCUUCUUCCCUGAAGAUCCAGCCCCCAGGGAGUUUCCUCCUUGGUCUGGCUUGCUUUAUCCACCAUCCUGCCAGCAUUUUGAGCUUCCCCAGGUUGUCAGCAGCCCUGUAUCCAGGAUUUUGUCCGAACACCCCAACCCCUCCUUCACUCCUUCCAAAGCUCAACAUGGCAUGGAAAGGACUGUCCCAUUGAUGAUGGAGGAUCAGCUGAAGGGAAGGAUGUGGGUGACUUUCCUUUUCAACAUUUCUAGCAUAUGGAUACCCCGUCUUUGCUUGUGCACUUAGGUGACAGGGAGUUCCCCACCUCCUGAGGCCCUGGUUCUAUUGUAGGAUGAUUCAAAUUGUUAGAAAUUCUUCCUUAUAAUGAAUGGAUUCUGCUUUCCUAUAAUUUCUACCUACUGGGCCUUGUUCUGUUCUCUGGAACUAAACAGAACAACCAUUUACCCUCCUUUUCAAACUAGAGAAUAAAGAUUUGGUUUUAGAACUGG